AUGGGGCUCGCCUCGAGCGCCAUAGAGAGCCCAUUGAGGCUGUCUGUCAAGAAUUGUGUACCCAGUGCGUUGAGUAUCCUUUCCGAUUCUGACGUGCUUUGGUAUCCAGAUAACCACCGCAUUUGCAAGCUCUUCAUUGUAUACGACAGCGAGAAAAACCCGUUCAGAAGUCUGAUAUCUCUUGCAUUAACCGACCAAACUCUCUGUAAGGCAGCUCUGGCGCUUGCAGCACGACACAAAGCCAACUCUGGCCGCUCAUUCCACGAACCGGGCCCUGUGGUUCCCAUUCAAUCACGAGGCGCCCACUAUGAUGCAUUGCUCUUCAAGCAGCAGGCUAUGCAACGACUUGCCAGUGACCUAUCUGAUACUACAUCAUGUGCAAAGGACACCACCAUGGCAAGUAUCUUCCUCUUGAUCUUUCUGGACCUUCUCGAAUCUGGGAGUGAUCGUUGGAAUGUUCAUCUGGAAGGAAUCAAGCGUGUGAUCGAAACGAAUCCGCUCCUGUCUGGGCCAGACAUGAACACUAGCCAGGAUCCAGGUCGAACCGUCCUACAGAUCCGGAACUUCAUCACCCGACAAAUCUACCUAAUCGAGACUCUCGGUGCAACGUUUGUUCGCCCAAAGCUCCUAUCUCAGUUCAACUUCCUCGAGCAAUCAGAAGCACUUCUCCAAGAGACGAUCGAGCAAUCGUUCCUCGGCUGUCCAGAAUACCUCCUAACCGCGAUCCAAUCGUUGUCGAUGUGCCGCGACGCACUCACCGUCCCGGAACCGCUAGAUUCCGCAACCCUGACCGGACACGCCCAGAACAUCAAGAAAAUCAUCGAAUUCAUCCAGGACUUUGACUGUACGAUCUGGGCGUCCAGCCUACCGCAUCCGGAUGACUUGUCCACCCGCGACACGCACAACCUCCCCAUGUUGGCGCAGUCGUACAAGCUCGGCGCGCUCAUUUACGGCCAGCGGAUUCUCGACACCGUCACAAAGCAAGACUCCGCCCAGGAAGACCUGGUGCAAGAGUUGAUCCGCGUGAUCGGGCUCCUGAAGGAGGACGACGCUCUCCUCAAGUGCAUCCUCUGGCCAAUCUUUGUCGCCGGUCUGGAGUGUCGGGAGCCCGCGCAACGGGACUUUCUGUCGAGCUCGUUGGAGCAAUUCUGGGCCGUCACCAACUGCAUGAAUGGGAUCAAUGCGGGGCGCAUCCUGCAGGGAUAUUGGCAGUGGCAGGAGCAAGAAGGUGGCCCAGGGUCGUUUGCAUCGCGAUGGGUGUUUACAAUCGGCCGAACGGGACAGGACUGGCUUCUUAUAUGA